GUAAAUAACAACACGAUCGAUUUCUCUCUUGCACCAAGUGCUUGCACGGAUGUUUCGUUCUGGACAGACAGCUGAUGCAACUAUUUAAGUGUAACCAUCCUAUUUUGAAGCUGCGUGACAGACAUAAACUCUAAAAUACAGGCACAAAUCACUUAUCCUGCUCGUUACAGAAGCUUUAAGGAACGUUAAAUGAUGAAGAUUUGAAUAUCCUAUCAACUUGCCAUGGAGGAAGAAGAAGAACCGCAAUGGAUCUACAUGUUUACUGACACUUCAAGAGUUCUCACAAUCGUUAUAUCCAUAUUACUUAUCGUAUAUGGCAGUUUUAGGGCUUUAGGGUUGGACAAAACAUAUAAUAAUUCAGAAGAUCCAGAAGAUGAGCAGUCAAACCAGAAUGAUACACCUUUCUCAAGACUUAUGGAUGGGUUCCAGACCAUCAACACUGCCCAAGCUGUAUUCCUUCCAGUUGGGGCCUCAUUCUCCCUUCUUGUGAUGUUUUUCUUUUUUGAUACUCUUCAGUUUUUCUUUGCACUGUGCACAGCUGUGCUAGCCAUGGUUGCUUUUUCUUUUGUGCUUUUACCUGUUUGUCAGUUUCUUACCAAACCCUGCUUCACCAACAAUAAUCAAAAGCUCUACAUUGGCUUCUGUGGACGAUUUACACCAGCAGAAGUUAUGUCACUUGUGUGUUCUGGUGUUUUAGUUAUGGUGUGGAUUGUCACAGGACAUUGGGUUCUCAUGGAUGCGUUAGCCAUGGGCCUUUGUGUUUCCAUGAUUGCCUAUAUACGUUUACCAAGCCUCAAAGUGUCCACUCUUCUGUUAAUAGGCCUCUUAAUUUAUGAUGUAUUUUGGGUUUUCUUUUCAAGUUACAUAUUUAAAGCAAAUGUUAUGGUUCAGGUUGCCACACAGCAGGCCGCUAAUCCUGUGUCUAUAAUGGCAAAUAAAUUGAAAAUGAAUCCAGUAGGAAAUAUCUCUCCACAAAUAUCUCUUCCAGGAAAAUUAGUUUUUCCAAGUAUGCAAGACAGAAGCAGAUUCUCCAUGUUGGGACUUGGAGAUAUAGUUAUGCCAGGCCUUCUCCUGUGUUUUGUAAUGAGAUAUGAUAAAUACAAGAAGCAGGCAGCCGUAGCAGCAGACACAGAACAAGCCAGAGUAACAUAUUUUCAUUGUUCUCUUAUUGGAUAUAUUGUAGGUUUAGUGACGGCUACUGUGGCAUCUGAGGUGUACAAAGCUGCCCAACCUGCGCUUCUUUAUCUUGUUCCGUUUACGCUUCUACCAAUUUUAGUUAUGGCUUAUCUGAAGGGCGAUUUACGGAAAAUGUGGCAAGAACCCUUUGUGGUUGCUGGUGCGAAAUUUAAAUUACUGGAAGUAUAACACAUGUCAAAGCCUAGACAGAACAUUCAAUAUAGCGAAAAGAUAGCGUCAAGAUGAGUCAAGUACUACCAUGUUGCCGAUAGAGCGCUUUCCGAUCGAGUGUCGUAAAAAAAUAAAGACCAAAGUAAUUAGAACAGCCAAGGAAAUCACCUUUCAGAGCUCAAAAGUAAAACAGACCAAACGCGGGAAAACGCAGAUGACCAAGUCGUGAUAUAUUUAGUUUUGCAUCUUAUUGGUCGAGAGAGUUGCGUGAGGACCAAUCAUAAAGCGAAGUAAAGCAAAAACUAAUGAAUCCCAGAUCACUUUCGACACUCAGUCGUAAAUUGCUCUAUUGUAUCAAGAGAACUGUUCUUUAAUUUGCUUUUGAUGCAAUAGUCACUUGAUGUCCCAGUAAAGUUUGGAAGCUUGAGCUGGAAGUUGGCUAAAAGAUGGAAACAGCGAACGAACAAAAAACAUCUGCGAAGUAAUCUUAAAUGAUAAUUUAGAACAUUCAUAUGGUACUUUCUUGCUUUGCAUAGAAUGGAACUUUCAUUCAAGGAACACCAUUAGGUGUUCAAACUUGUUUAAGAAAAACCUUGCAAAAAUGUUUCAAAAUGUACUAUAAGGUGGACAGAACAGAGAAUGGAAUUACGUACAUUAGCCAUGUCUUUGUUCUCCCAUAGCUCGUUAGGAAAUGACAUUCAGUGGCAGAGCGCGUAGUAUUUAUUUAAUUGUGUUAUUCCCAGAUUUUUAAUAACUAAAUUUGAUUGGCUAAAUGACAAGAAAGGAACGUUGCUUUCGGUUAGGAGAAUAUCAACAAUUUACCUGAAAUGACCAGGGAAGAUUAUCACGAAAGAUUUCUUUUUGGGAGACAAUGAUGUAUGUAAAGAAUUUAUAAAUUGUAUCACAAGAAGGAUUAUCUUGUACGAAAUCACUCUCAAUUAAGAAGAUAAGUAUUGUGUAAAGUGGACAUAAUGUAUGAAUUUCUUACGUUCUUGAUUUAAGCCUCUUGCUGUUUCACGAUGGUGGCGACUGUCGUGUGUUUUGUUACUUCUCUUUCAUAAAUUGCCGUAUGUUUACAGAAAGCGUCUUGCUAGCGCACCUAACUCAAAAACAGUCCAUUGAUAACAAGUUAUGGUAAAUGUUUGGUUAGGUAGGGGUGGGUAUGUAGUUGUUCAGAUACUGACACUGAUUCGCCGUUUCUAAGCCUGUUUGUUCUCAAGUGUUUUUCGUAAUGCCACUACGAGUAUCGAGUGAUAAAGAGAUUUAUGUAAGCAUCUCAAACAACGGCUGGAAGAAAUAAAUUUGUAAGUGGCCGGCUUGUAAAUGGUAGGCUUAGCGUAUUUAUUAUGUGAAAAGCUUAAGCAUCAGUGUAGGUUUUUUUUUCAAUGGGUAAAG